GAAAGUGCAAUGGCGAUAUUGGACAGUAACAGCCAUCGCGUUUGGGGACCACAUCUGUAUUAUGUGGCUGACGUUAAACAAAUCGCCCCCAGACGCCGGCUUCCGAACCACAUUUAAAUAUCGGCGCAGCUCGCGAGCGUCAACCUGCGACCGGGAAGGGGGGAUUUCUCAGCCUGUGCACGCGAUGACAGUUUAGACUAAAAGACUGGUGUGACGUGUGAACAGACACCAUGGCCUCACAGGAACCGUCCCCACCCUCGUCCAUGGAGAGCAAUAAACCCGGCUUCCCCAAGAAGAUCCUGGGCAACAAUCUGGAGGACAAGCAUCUGUGCAACUGCUGCCACAACAUCCUCAGACGGCCGUUUCAGGCGCAGUGUGGACACCGCUUCUGCUCCUACUGCUUCAACAGGACCGUGAGUAAUGGACCCCAGAAAUGCAGCGCUUGCAUUAAAGAGGAUAUUUUUGAGGAGCCGACAUCGAUAUUGAAACAAGGAUGUGCUUUUCCGGACAACGCAGUUCGAAGAGAAGUUGAAGGUCUGUCUGCGGCUUGUAUCAAUGAGAACUGCACGUGGAAAGGCACGAUCAAAGAGUACGAGUUGAACCACGAGGGGAAGUGCGAGUUCAUGAUCAUCCCGUGCCCCUCCUGCAAAGAACGAAUCCGCUUCAAUGAGCAGGAGCGGCAUAAUGAGCGAGAGUGCCCGGAGAGGACGCUCAACUGCAAGUACUGCAAGGAACCGUUUCACUUCAAAAACAUCAAGGCACAUGAUGAGAUCUGCCCCAAGUACCCAAUGAUCUGUGAAGGCUGUGCCAAGAAGAAAAUACCCAGAGAAAAGUAUGUGGACCAUAUUAAAUUCUGCAGCAAAUUCAGAACUCCAUGUCGAUUUCAUGUUGUAGGAUGUGACAUGUCUGUGGAGAAGGAAAAAAUUCAUGACCAUGAGCGCGCCUUUGCUUACGAGCACCUCAACCUGCUGCUGCACUACAUCAUGGGCAUGAAAGUGAGCAUGGAGGGCCUGCAGCCCCAGGGACUGGAAGUGGCCGGACACAAACUGGUAGAGCUCCAACAAUCCCUCAGGGAACUCGAGGCCAGAGUCUCCCUGCUCAGCACCACCUCCUCUGGGCCUCCCGUGCAGGGAGCUGCCGCCUCCUCCUCCUCCUCCUCUUCUUCUAGUUCCUGCCCUCCCGGCCCGCCUGCAUCAGCUCCCCUCCCGCCUCCUCCGACCCUCCCCCCCACCCUCUCCGUGUCUACCUCCUUCACGCCCCUGCCCAGCUCGGUGGGCGCGGCGCUGGAGCUCCAGCUCCACAGCGAGAAGACCAAGGUGGCCGAGCUGGGCCGCAGAUGCACUGAACUCGAGGUGAAAUCCGGCACGUUUGAAAACGUGGUGUGUGUCCUGAACAGAGAGGUGGAGAGAUUUGCCACCACCAUCGAGGCCAGCAACCGGCAGCAUAAACUGGACCAGGAUAAAAUCGAGGCUCUGAGUAACAAGGUCCGCCAGCUGGAGAGGACUGUGGGGCUGAAGGACCUCGCAGUGGCUGAGAUGGAGGGACGGCUGAGGGAAAUGUCUGCCACCACUUUCGAUGGCGUCUUCAUCUGGAGGAUCUCCGAUUUUGCCAAAAAGCGACAGGAUGCCAUUGCAGGUCGAGCCCCCGCCAUGUUCUCACCAGCUUUUUAUACCAGCAAGUACGGCUAUAAGAUGUGUCUGCGGAUCUACCUGAAUGGAGACGGGACAGGGCGUGGCAGCCACCUGUCUUUGUUCUUUGUGGUGAUGAGAGGACUGAGUGAUGCUCUGCUCAAAUGGCCAUUCAACCAGAAGGUGACGCUAAUGCUGCUGGACCAGAGCAACAGGGAGCACAUCAUCGACGCCUUCCGACCGGACGUCACCUCUUCAUCCUUCCAGAGGCCCGUCAGCGAGAUGAACAUCGCCAGCGGCUGCCCGCUCUUCUGCCCGCUCUCCAAGCUCGACGCCAAGAACUCUUACAUCCGCGACGACACCAUCUUUAUCAAAGCCAUCGUGGACCUCACCGGCCUCUAGACGGAUCAGCAGUGGGGGGUUGGCACACUUUUGGCAACCAGGCAGCUCUUUGACCAUAAAGCUUCAUUUUGGCUCAGUCAUGGUCCUGCUAGGGCUCAUUCGGGGGCGUCCUACCGCCCCCCCGGCGGCUGCAGGGAGACCCACAUGUGGGCGACUGUUGGCUGCAUGUGGCUCCUCAGUCCAGGCGACGCUGGCAUUGUCAUACCUGGUGGUCCGCGCGUGACACCACCGCCAUCGCUGUACAUUUUGGGUGCAAAACGUUCUUUAUUUUCACGUCGCUCCCCGGCGGGGGCUGAAAUGGGUUCUGCACAUUGGGUUGAAGGACACUGAGGCGGGCGGCGGCGUGGCGUGGCGUCCGGCAGUUGCAGAGACGCUCGGACGCAGUGGGGGGCGGCUCUGACCUUUAGCUCCCCACGUUUUAAGGCGUUUAUAACACACAGAGUAGUUAGAAACAGAACUGUAGAUUACUGAUAUUUAGUGUGAUUGUUCCGAUAAAGCCGGCUUGUGAUAGAGGUAGAGCUCGACGCAGUUUUUUGCUUCUGCUUGAGGAUCGUGGUUAUUGUGAGCUUCCAGUGUCGAGUGACUUUGCAUAGACAAACGUGGAGUUAUGUUAUGAAUAAGAUUAUGGCCUUUUUUCUUCGUUUGCGGUUUGGUUUAGUUGCAAAGUGCAUGCCGCCGGCGUUUUAAACCCGCCCCUUAUUUCAACCGGGCUUCACGAGAGUUUGUUGUUAAACUUGUUAGUGAAUUAGCCAUCCGUGAUGGUGGACAUUGCCUGCAUGUCUCUGGAAUCAGGCUACUUACAUGUAGAGUAGAGUGUUUGCAUAUUUGUUCAUCUUAGGGGUUCUGAUUGGUGGUUUGGUACAUCUGUGGAAGAUACAGCGGAGUUACCAAGGAUGAAGGGCAGCUUGCCAGUCAAGCCUGAGGCAUAAAACUUGCAUGUGUUUUUGUCUCCGACAAACAUACAUAGCUGGAGUUUUCCCGCAGGUUUUUCUCACUAGCUCACAUCUCAACACAUAGUACUGUGCCCCACCACAGACGGAGGUUAACACAGAUUCCACGGAGUGAAGGAAAUGUUUGUCUGUCCAUUCCAGUUUCCAGUGCAUAUGUGUUUCUGCUGCUCUAAGAUAGAUUUCUGAUGUGAAACUAAUAUAAAUGUCGGUGCAAAUAUAGUGUGUCUUGAGGUAGAGAGGCUGGAAACCGGAGGCUGUAAUGCCUCGUUGACGGUCUCAGGCCGUUGUUGACUAUAUUUAUUGCAGAUGGAUGUUCAGCGCAACCCCAGAUAGACGUUUACAGUGCUCCCCCGAUUUCCAAUAACAUAACACUCCACACUAUAUCUACUUAAACUGUAGUUUUUCUAUGUGCCCACCAGAGAUUGCUGUUUACUUAGCAUGCAUGCUGAGGUUUUAAGGUUCACGCUGGCCUGUUUGGAAACCAGUCUCGACCUGUAUUGAAACCUCUCUGUGCAUGGGAGGCUUCAAUUCAUAUUCACUAUGACGUUUCAUGCUGGCUUGCUCCGCGAGCUGCGCGUGAAAGCAUUUAUUUGUAUUUGUUUGGAUGAGAAUACGUGAACAUAGAAUAGUUAUUAUGUUAUAUCUGGCACUGCUCAACAAAAGCAGCGGCCUAUAUUCAUAGCAAUUUAUAAAUAUGUAUCUUUCAUAUCAUAAUGUUGAAAAAAUAUAUAUAUCGAUGUUAAUAUACACAAUAUCUUAUAAUAAACAUAGUAUUACUGAAUACCUUAUUAAUUCUAUAUCUAUAGACCAACCUUUUGUUUGAUGGUUUGAACAGGCCAGGACAACCCCUUUGUGCAGUGAGGACUUCUAGAGUGCAAUAUAUGAUUACAUCCCUUUGACAUCUCGGCUUUAAGGGUCUACACAGGUCACGCUGUUUGUUGCCAUUUGUUUACAUUACUCAUUAUGGCGCUGAAGAGCUGCGACCUUUUCAUAACUGUCCAAGGAAAUGUGGUGCUUUCCUUGCCAUUCAACAUUCACUACUUCAUUACCACAAAGUCAGAAGCUGUUUGUGAAGCUAACAUUUAGGCGGGCUAUUUUAACACAGACUAUGAAACCUUUCAGUGAAGACUGAGCCUGUAAUGAGCAGGAUUACAUGAACUUUUUAAACUUUGGACUUGUAACGUGCCAAAAUCAAAUACUUACCUCCAUAUGCUAACAAUGUCGUACUGCAAGUGGCUUUUUUAUUUAUUUGUUUUUGUUCUAUGCUGAAACAUGGUGCCAAAUACGUUUGUAUUUAAGUUUCUAUUUAUAUGAGCGUGUGUGUGCACGCGCGCGUGUUUGUGUGUGUGCGUGUGUGUGAGCAUGGGUCAUUUUAAUAUGAUGCAUGGGGAUUAUUACUUCUGGAGCUGAUAAAUACUGUCACAUGAAAUGGAGGAUUUUGAAUGUAAGCUUUAAUUCUGUUGGUUUUUCUUAAAACACAACAGCAGUUCUGUCAUGUGAUGCAGUGGACUUGAAACAACUUAAUUUGUGCACUUUGUAUCGUUGGUUUGUCUGAACAGGGUAUUUUGUUGAGUGAUUUAUGUACCUUGAAAUCAGAGCCAUAUAUAUUCUGAUGUUGAUAAUUGAUGUAUCAUGCUAACAGAAGCACAUGCAGUCUGUAA